AUGAUUUUAUCACUAUUAUUCGUUGCGCUUUUGAUUGAAAACGGUAAGUUGUUAAUAAAAUUUGUUUACCUUGUCUUGCCCUAAUACUACCCUACCCCUGAAACGUCCCUACGAAUUUUCUCUGGGAGAGGAAGAACCUUAUCCUACUUUACAUUACCCAGCUCCACAAUACCCUUAUCUUAACUUUCCCAACCCCCACGUUUUCCAAACUUAAAAACUAAAACGUACCUUUUCAAGUAGCCUCCAGGACAAUCCAUGCAUGUGUCCCAAGUGAUUCAUGUGGUGAUCGUCUAAAGCAUCCAGUCAAAGGCAUCGAAAUGGAAUACCAUUGUGAGUGCAACAAAGGUUGGGAAGGUGAAUAUUGUGACAAAAAAUCGAAUUCCGCUCCAAAAAUGAGAAAUCACAGAGUCGAACGAGGUGCAACAUCAUUAAAUCAACUGUCUUGGUGUGAUGACAUUGAGACCAAGUGUUCGGUACAAGGUGUUACUGUGGUCGAGAAGAAGACUGCUGUGUGUUGA